UCUAUGGAACAAAGGAGAAAUGUAACUGAGUUUGUCCUCUUGGGACUCACUCAGAGUGUCCAGGGUCAGAAAAUAUUAUUUUUUGUGUUCUUGCUCAUCUACACUGUGACCAUGGUGGGCAACCUACUCAUUGUCCUGACUGUGGUGUUCAGUCCAACCCUGGACGCCCCUAUGUACUUCUUUCUUGGCUACUUAUCAUUUAUGGAUGCUGUUUAUUCUACUACAGUCACCCCAAAUAUGAUCAUAGAUUUACUCUAUGAAAAGAAAACCAUUUCCUUCCAAGCUUGCAUGACACAACUUUUUAUAGGACACUUAUUUGGUGGUGCUGAGAUUUUACUCCUGGUGGUCAUGGCCUAUGACCGCUAUGUGGCCAUCUGCAAACCCUUGCAUUAUUUGACCAUCAUGAGUCAGCGAGUGUGUGUUAUGCUUCUUCUCCUGGCCUGGGUUGGCGGGUUUUUACAUGCUGUAGUUCAACUUCUCUUUGUUUACAGCCUUCCUUUCUGUGGCCCCAAUGUCAUUGACCACUUCAUCUGUGACAUGUACCCCUUGUUGAAACUUGCUUGCACUGACACCUACAUUAUUGGCCUCACAGUGGUUGCCAAUGAUGGGGCGAUCUGUGUGGUCAUUUUCAUGCUCUUACUCCUCUCCUAUGGGGUCAUCCUGCACUCUCUGAAGAAUCUUAAUCAGGAAGCGAGGCACAAAGCCUUGUCCACCUGUGGUUCCCACAUCAUUGUGGUGGUCCUCUUUUUUGUGCCCUGCAUUUUUAUGUAUGUGAGACCUCCUUCCACCUUACCAAUUGAUAAAUCCUUGACUGUGUUUUACACAAUUAUCACUCCUAUGUUGAACCCUCUAAUCUAUACUCUGAGAAAUGCUGAAAUGAAAAAUGCCAUGAAAAAGCUCUGGACUAAUAAAAGAAAAUGA